UCUUCGCCCGCGGAGUUCGCUGCGAGGCCUGCCUUGUCCGGCCGGCUCGGAGCCCUGGCCGCCGCCCCCACAGCAGGCGGGGGAAGAACCCGGCCGGUUCCUCUGCGAGUUGCUGCCGCCGACCCUGGCAGGCUCAGGGCAGCUCCUGCCGAGAGGGAAGAUUCCCUUUGCCAAGGACACGCGGGGCCUUGCUCUCCCCUCCCCGCCGCCCCUCACUGACGCUCUGGGAUCUCGCCCUGCAGCACAGAUGCCCUGCCCAUUGCUCAUCCUGGGCCUGCUGGUGCUCGCUCCAGCCGGCUCAGUGGAUAUCCGGGUCCCCGAUGACCCUGUGAUCGCCCUCUUUGGUCGGGACGCCGUCCUCCACUGCUCUUUCUCGCCUGAUGCCAGCUUCAGCCUCACCGAGCUCAGCCUCAUCUGGCAGCUGACGGACACCAAGCGGUUGGUGCACAGCUUUGCCAGCGGGCAGGACCAGCUGGCUGACCAGGGCAGCGGCUAUGUCAACCGCACGGCCCUCUUCUACGAGGAGCUGCCCCGGGGCAAUGUCUCGUUGCUGCUGCGGCGGGUGCAGAUCUCCGAUGAGGGCAGCUUCACCUGCUUUGUCCGGGUCCAUAGCUACAGCAGCGCGGCGGUGACGCUGCAGGUGGCCGCUUUGUAUUCUAAGCCCAACUUGAACCUGGAGCCCAGCAAGAACCUGAAGCCAGGGGACCUGGUGAUGGUGACCUGCCACACCUUCCGCGGCUACCCUGCGGCUACGGUGCUCUGGCAGGAUGGCCAGGGCAACAACAUCACGGAGAACGUCACCACCUCCCAGGUGGCCAAUGAGGAAGGGCUCUUUGAUGUGCAGAGCAUCCUCCGUGUGGUGCUGGAGCCCAACAGCACUUACUCCUGCCUGGUGCGGAACCCCGUGCUGCAGCAGGAGACCCACGCCUCCGUUACCAUCACUGGCCAGCACCUCAGCUUCCCUGCCGUGGCUCUCUGGGUGACUGUGGGACUCGCUAUCUGCAUCUUGGGGCUGCUGGGUGCCCUGGCUUACGUGUGCCGGAAGAAAAUUCGCCAGAGCUGCAAGGAAGAGGAAGAGAAUGCAGGGAUGGAGGAGCAGAGUGAGGAUGGUAGAGAACCCAAGACAGCUUUGCAGCCUCUGAAGAGCACAGAGAACAAAGAAGGCAACGAACAAGAAAUUGACUGACAGGAAGUGGAGGAGAUGCACAAACGAUGCCCCAUGCCACAGACUAGCAGACUGUCCUCUCGGACCAUUGUAGCCUCCUGGGGGAUGUCCUAUAGGAGACACUGAACAUCCCAUCCCCUGUGUCACCAUUGCUGCAUACCCUGGCCAUGAUGGACAGCAGCUUCAGCCUGUUUGCUCUGUUUGCUUCACCGUAACCAUCUUCCCCUUCCUCUACCCCCCCCCCCCACACAGGGUAGAUGCAGUUGUGUUGCUAUGUAGGGCUCGCUUCCUCACGGGGCUGGAUACACUUUAUUCCCAGGAGUCCUUCUCUUCCUGGCCUGUGCAGCCCAAAGGAGCCUGAUUCUCCAUUGUCCUGCACCUUUGGUGCUCAUUUCCACCAAUGCAAAGUGGGUGCAUAGUGCUCCCAAUGGUGACCAUUUGCACUCACACUGCCCCGGUGGAAAUGACUGCAUAAGAUGCAGGGCAGUGGAGAGUUGGGCCCAGGAUGUGAAGGGCUCUUUCCUGUAAGGUGAUUAACUUAGAGAUCAAUGGGGUUACUCCUGCACUUAAAGUUAAGCAGGUGCUAACGUGCUCUGCUGGAUGGGUUGGAGGGCUUGAUCCCUUGUGAGAUUGAACCCUCCCUGCACAGGAGGUGCAGCCAGCAGGAUCUGAGCAGCUAGGAGGGAUGCAAUGGGGACGCUUGCCAAACAAGUGUGUGGUCAGAUGAGGUGGGUGGUGAACUCCCCCACCCUCCCGCAAUUUUAUCGAUGGUUAAGGGGAUGUUUGCUUAUCAGUGCCCUAUUACAGCACCAGCUCUUGGUGUCUUGGCCCUUAUAGCAUGUGACUAACACCAGAGCUGGCGUAUGGCUCCAUGGAUGUUCCUCCUCCCCAGUCCCAGCCAUCCUUCCCCCGCUGUCACCACAAAUCAGGCUCCAGCUUAUUCCCACACCCCAAAUUCAGCUUCUAAAGGGGGCGGAGAGGGGAUGGGACCAGGUGUCUGUCUUUCAGAAGAUCCAAAGGCAGAGGCUCUGAGUGUCCUUGUGCCCUCCUGUCUGCCUUUCCUCUCCUGCACCUGGUGCCUGAGACCCAACCACAACCGUUCUUUAGGGGAUCUGCUGAUCGUUGGACUAUCCUCCCCUCAGGAUGCCUUCAUGGACAAGGUUCAACAACCUCCAAGCAGUAGGCCUGUGGAGGUGGACAAUGGGCCCAAGAAGGUCUUUGAAGCUCUUGGAGAUGAACAGUGGGUCCAGGUGGCUGUAGAGAUGGAGAAUGGCCUAGUGCGGUUAUAGAGGCUCCGUGGGGAUGGAGCUCAUAGACUUGAGUGGAAGUGGUCCCUGGUCUUGGUCCUGGUUAUGGCAGAGGCACAGCUCCAAAGGGCAUCUUGUUAUCUUUAACGUUGUACCACUGUCACCAGCAUGUCUUUUGCCAUAAGCCCCUGGAGCCAGAGCUGUCCCUGGCUUAAUUCUAUUGAGGUUGGUGGAGUUACCCCAGGGGUGGGUUUGGCCCAGAAGAUUUUGUUGAGGCAGGAGAAGGAGAGGAAACUUCAUAGAUCUCACCCCCCUGCCCUUGCCUUGCUUUAUCAAAGGAGUCAGGAAGUAUCUGUAACUGGAUGUUGCGCCUGCUUGGGCCAAGGGUGAGGAGGGAAACUUGCAGGUCAGAUGUGACCCUCAACUACUAACUCCCAAGCUGCUUGCAUCCUUGCUGGAGAAGGGGAUGGGCAUGAGCGGAGGCAGAGAUGGAUUCUCCCGUCGUUUUUGCAUCCCUGGUUGGGAAGGAUGAUCCACAAUUUUCUGCAGCAAAGCUAUCCCCAUUUCCUGCUCUAUCCAUCAGAAAGCCUCCCCUGCAGCCUGGUUCCAGGGCCAGUGAGGUCAAGGGUGCCACCUCAGCUGCUUGCGAAGAGCACUGUGAAGUUAAAUGGGAGUUCCCCCCCCAUGGUUGUCGCUCUCACACACUGGCCGGUCUGUUCCUGGGCAUCUGGUAGCCAUUUUGAAGCCAAGGUUUCCCAUGAGCUGAUGCCUCUAAAGUAUGUGUUUGGGGUCAUCAACUCUGAGGUGAAUGGAAAAUACCUGACUGAGCAGCAUGGAACCUGCCAGUGACCCUAAGCUUUUCCUGCCAGAAAGCUAGAGGCAAGGGGAAACUAGGCUGCGAGAAUCUAAUGGGCCAUGGAGGCCCACCUGCCUUCUCAGCCCCACCCGUGGUUCAUCUAAAUCACUGGGCUUCUCAGCUAUGUCAGUGGGUGUGUGUGUGUGAUUAACUUCAUUGGGGAUGCCCUCAUGUAUCCCAGCUGAAGAGCUGAGGGGCUAUUAUAGGUGGUGGGGGAGCACCUCCUAUUGUUAAGAUUUGCUGACACCUCCCUAUAUAAGACCCUGCUUUCAGUUGCUUUAUAACUUUGCCAAGCUUUAGCCGUUUGGAUGGAGAUUUUCCAUGCCAGAGGUCUGCCUCAGGCUGAAUGCGUUUGGCAAAUUUCAGCCAGAAUGGCUUGGCUGUUUCUGAGAAUGAGGCUAAGGGAAAGUACAUUGUUUAGUUCAUGUUAAAAACAAUUUGGGCGCCCUUUUCUUUGAGCAGCUUUAGCGUCCCCGUGCUUGGGAAGGGGGACUUGAAAUUUGGUAGGGGCAUGGCCUCUGUGUCAGGGAUGUGCCUGUUGCCACCCCGGUGAAAAUCUGCCCACAUUUGGUCAAGUUUCUUUUUAAAAUUGCAGUUUGCAUGUACCCAGAGACUUCAGUUUUGCCAGCUAAAUCUCUGAUGAUUCCAUCCUCACUGAGCAUGCUCGAGGCUCUCUCAGCUCCUAGUGCUGACCAGACUGUGCGUGUGCCAUCCCCAAAGAGCAGCUGUGCAUGCUGCUGCUAGACUAGGGCUGCUGGGACAAAGCUGGACUUGCCCUGUGAGUGCUGCUCUAGGCCAGGUGUGGCGGGGCAGAGAGGCUGUCUCUCGUGCUCUCAGGAUCCAGGCACUUUGGCAGAGGAAGCUGUCUGAUGUGGUGCAGAGGGGACAAAAGCUGGAUCGGGGCAAGGGAAGGAGUAAAUUGGUGACAUGGAAUCUAGCAAACCUGGGUCUGCAGAAGGAAGGGAUGCUGGGACCAACUGGGGGACAGGACUGGGAACCAGGGAGAGAAAUGGGACAGGACUGGGAGCCAGUUGGCAGGGAGGGGGGAGACUGGCACUGGCUGGACAAUGAGGCUGGGAUUAGGGACCAGUGAGGGAAGGGCAAAGGGAGCAGGGGGAGGGGGACAGCUGAAAAGGAGCUGGUAUGUGGGAGAAUUGGGACUGCUUGGGCAAAGAGAUGGGGCAAGGAGCCAGAGAGGGGGGAGAUUGAAUUUAAAUGAGCAGCCCCGGGAGGGAGAUUAGGAGUGGAAGCCUAUGGGGAUGGGAAGCAGAGGGAGCUCAGAUGUGGAGCUGGGAGAGGGAACUGGCUGGGAGAGGAGUUGGGGCAAGAUGGGGAGAAUUGUGACUGGGUGUGAGUGAGACUGGGAGUUGGGGGAGAGUUUGGGAUUUGGAAAGUGGGGGCCGGGGAUACUAGUGCAGGCUGGGCAAGGAGAUGGGCAAGGAGAUUGGCUGGGAUGAGAAGCCUGAGCAGUAGAGGCGACUGGGUAGCUAGGAGAAUGGGACUGGAACAAGUAGCCAGGGCUGGGGAAGCGACAGAGACAGGAAUAGCUUGGUGGUGGUAGGGGAGAAGGGGUCAAGCUUGGGAGCAAUGAUGGGAAGAGUCUGUGGCCACUAGAGCACACGCCCCUCUUGAGCCUGGAUUGGAACCCAAGAUUACUGAGGCUCAUUCCUUUGCCGUCAGCAAGCAUCUGGCAAAGUGUGGGCCUCAUCCCCCUCUGAGCCAUAUAGAGGAUGACAACCCACUACUGCUGCCAGUUAUUCCAUGAGCUCCCAUGGCAGAGGUCUGUGCGGUGAAUCUAACAGUUCCAGCCCUGCUGAUAAUGCAUGUAGGUGUCAAUAUGCCACAGAGAGGAAUUCCUGAUCUUUCAGGUUUUUGGUUUUUUUUUAAACCUCGGCAAAUAUGUGAUCCCCUUGUGCAUGUGUAUUAUGGUACAGUGUUUAAUGACAUGGUCACAUACUGUUGUUUGCACAGGAUCCCUUCCUGGUUCAGUGCACUGGCUGGACCUGUUCUAGGAAUGAAUCAGGGUUAUGCAGUGAAGGAGGCUGGAAUUAGCAGGACCCUGUCUCUUUUGUUGCAGAGGUUAGAAGAUGUCUAGUGAAUGAGGAAGGGGGCUUCAAGAAGAGAAAGGCAUGGGUCUCAUGGGAAAGGCCGUUGAAUGCUGCCCUGGAAUUAGAUUCUAUUCCUGCCUCUUGAGGCCGAGUUCCUGUGUGAUGCUGGGCAGAUCAAACCAAUUGUUAACAGGUGGCCACUGAUUGUGUGUUCCUCAUUUUGGGGAUGCCUGACUGGAGACCCUGGGCGGAAGUGCUGAGCACGCCCUGCUGCAGCUGGUCAGUGAGAGCUGUGAUUGAAUAUAGAAAGUGCUAUAUAAUGCUUAUCAGGCCCUAGGUGCCUCGUAUUGGGCACCAAAAUUAGUAGAUACUUUUGACCUUAAUCUCUCUGUGCCUCAGCUGUCCACCUGUAAAAUGUGGAUAAUACUUCCUCAUCUCUCCAUUAAUUUUGGUGAAGCACUUCGCUACUCUAAUGAUGAGUGCAGGAGAAAAGCCCAUGGGGAAAUGAAUAAUUCUGUCUCAGAGCAGGGUUUGAAUAGUGGGCAGUAGGUGGGGCGAGGGGCCUCACAUGGAACAAUGAGGCCAAAACAAAAUAUUGACUAGCUGCUCAUUAAGGGAACACCAUCCACCCUGUGCCGUGAUGGAAAAAACAGUAUGAGAUUGUGUAAUUAAAGACUUUGUCAUAAUGCAUAUGCACCAGGGACCAAAUUUAGAUUGCUAAGGCAGCCUUAAUUUUGGCAUUUCCUAACUUUUGAUGGCUUGACUUUGCAAUCUAAAUAGCUUCCUUUUAAUGUAGCUUUUGUGUGUAACAAAGACCUGUGCAGGCCACUAAAUGUUUGUGAGUUAAGGGGCCCAAGACAGAAUGUUCCGGGCCAUAAAAGGAGCAGAGCCAUUUAAGCUGUGCUCACAGCACCAGUGGAAACAUAAAGGGGCAGACCAAAGUCAGGGAGGUGCCAGCAUUGUCCGGCCAGCCUGCCUUAUGCAUAGUUUCUGAUCCCUGGCUGCCUUUUUCACCCUCCAUCCGUGCUUCUCGUACUCAAGCCCCAAACUGUGCUGCAUUCAGACAUCCUCAGCACUCGUCUCUGGCCCCACUCAGGCAGGGAGAUACCAUUGGGCUAGAAUCAAGGUCUGGUUUGGUAUUUUUUAAUUAUUUAAAUUCCAGAAUCUGGAGUAUUUUGUGCCUUGACACUUACAUUUUGGGGAAAAUAAAUGCUUGGUUCUUUUUGACAAAG